ACUGUGCUGACACGAACCACUGACUGUUGUGCCUACACAGCAUAUUCACUGCAUUUGACGGAUCAGCACUGAAUUGUCACCAUGUCAUCCGACCAGGACGGCUGCCACCUGUGUAAGGAAUACCUCCGGGAUGCCGUGUCCAUCCCGUGUGGCCACAUCUUCUGUGCCGUUUGCCUCAAGACAUACUGGGACCAUGCCGACCACACGGGCUCGUACAUCUGCCCAGAGUGCAGGGUCACCUACAGCAAGAGGCCCACCCCGAGACGCAUGGGAGGCUCCCGGACCUCCACCAUCCAACGCAACUCAGAGUCCUUUCCGCCUCCGCCUCCAGACCCCGACUACAACUAUGCCGGGCCCCAGGACAUAGGUUGUGACAUCUGCAUCGGAAAGAAGCAUAAAGCCGUCAAGAGCUGCCUGAUGUGUUUGGCUUCCUACUGCGACAAGCAUCUCAAGCCCCACUAUGAGUCAAACACUUUUAAAAGGCACAAGCUGGUGGAUGAAAUCGGCCACCUGGACAGACAGAUCUGUCCCCAGCAUCAGAAGGGUCUGGAGCUGUUCUGCCGCACUGACCAGAUGUGCAUCUGCGUGCUGUGCACGGUGAAAGAACACAAAGGUCACGACAUGGUGUCUGCCGAGCAGGAGAGGGCAGAGGAGCAGCAACGGCUGGGCGCCACCCAGGCCGAGAUCCAGGAGAAGAUUCAUGACCGACUCAAGCAGAUGGAGGAACUGAAACAAGCAGUGGACUCACUCAAGAACUCAGCCCACACGGCGCUGCAGGAAUGUGAGAAGAUGUUUGCCGACAUGAUGCGCUCCAUUGAGAGGAUGCAGCAGGAGAUGACCAAGCUCAUCUCCGCCAACAAGAGAGCGGCGCUCAACAACGCGGAGGGCCACGUGGAGCGUCUGACCCAUGAGAUCGCAGAUCUGAAGAGGAGGGACAGCGAGAUCACCCAGCUGUCCCGCACUGAGGACCACAUCCACUUCAUCCAGAGCUACCACAUGCUGAUAGCCCAGACGGAGGCGGAGGAGCUGCCAACGGUGACUGUCAACCCCUACUUCACCUUCGGCCCAGUCACUAAGGCCGUCUCUGAGAUGAAACAGCACCUGAAUGAGUUCAGCAAUGACGAGCUGGUCAAGGUGGCCAAAGCAGUUAACAAAAUGACCUUCUGCCAACUGGAUGAAUCCAAAAAGAGACGAUCAGUAAAAAGUGAAGAAGCCCCCGUGUACAAGUCUCUGCCGCCCCAGGACCUUCAGCACAGGGACGAUUUCCUGAAAUUUGCUUGCGAGCUCACUCUGGACUCAAACACCGCCUACAGACAGCUCUACUUGUCUCGGGGGAACAGGAAAGCUGUCCUCAAGAAAGACCCCCAGUCUUACGGUGACCACCCUGCCAGGUUCGACUCCCUGCCCCAGGUCCUGUGUAAGGAGUCUCUCUCUGGAGGAGCUUACUACUGGGAGGUUGACUGGAGCGGGGAGGGGGCUGCCAUCGGAGUCACCUACAAAGGCAUCAAGAGGACGGGUUAUGGAGACAGCUGCCGCAUCGGCUACAACCGAAAGUCUUGGAGCCUCUUCUGCUCCGAUUCCAGCUACUCAGCCCGCCACAACAAGGACCAGAUCGAGAUCAACGCGCCCUACUCGUCACGUAUCGGGGUGUUCCUAGACCACGCCGGGGGUACCCUGUCUUUCUACGCCGCAGGGGAAACCAUGUCCCUCAUCCACCGCUUCAAGGGCUCCUUUAGCGAGGCCGUCUAUCCAGGCUUCUGGGUUUGGUAUGACUCAGGCGUCACCCUCAUCAAUAAGUGAUUAAAUAACACACUUCCUAUGAUCAAUGUACAAAUGGGAUUCAGAGUGGGAUGUAUUUACAGAACAAAACCAUGACUAUUAUCUGAUGAUACUUUAUAAUUCUUUUACAAGAUAUUUUUUAUUGACUACGUGUCGUGUUGUGAUUCAGGGGAACUGUUUUUGAUGACUGUGAAUAUUUUUGCAAAUCAAUGUAAAAUAUGUGAAAUGUAAGCUCAGGUGUAUGAAGUGAAUACAUUUCAAUUAUCAUUUGAAAACAAUGAAGGCUGUACUCGAUUGGAAUAUGUCACGUGAUCAUGUAUACAGGUUAUGAUGCACUUAUAUUGAUCAAUAAACUUUUUUUUAACAAG